AUAUUUUCAUGUUAUCAAAAACAAAUGAAGAAAACAGUGUCUAUUGCCCUUUUCUUGAUGAUACUUGCCACUGGACACACUCUUCGGCCUUAUCAUUUUGCCCGCCAAAGCAAAGAUCCUUUCAAGGGUGACCAAAGUCACAUGUCCACUCGGGAGGAAGCGAAGGGAGACGGACUAGGAAUGGAACUGUACCCGACCGGGUCGAGCUUGCCGGAUUGUUCGCACGCAUGUGGGCCGUGCGUCCCUUGCAAGAGGGUGAUAGUGAGCUUCAAGUGCUCGACCGAGUCGUGUCCCGUCGUCUACAAGUGCAUGUGUAAAGGAAAAUACUACCACGUUCCCUCCAAUUAAUUGUAGACAGCAGACUGUUUAUGCAUUUGCCUUAAUUUGUCUUAGCUUAAUUUUCCCAUUUAGCUUCUAGUGCUUAGUUAAAAUUGCAAAAUUGAAGCCAUUUUCUUGUGGAUA